UUCAGAUGAGGCGUCACCCAUACUGGCAAACACACAAAGCCUGCAGGGACUUCUGUUUUUUUUUUACUGGAUCCUCUUCAUUUACACACCUCACAGUUUGGGAUACUGUAGUUUACAAGGAAUUGCACUGAGCCCAGAAUGAACCCCAACUAUCCACAGCAGCCAGGGCCCUAUGGACAGCCAGGUCCUAUUGGGCAGCCAGGGCCCUAUGGACAGCCAGGUUCCAUUGGGCAGCCAGGGCCCUAUGGACAGCCAGGUUCCAUUGGGCAGCCAGGGCCCUAUGGGCAGCCAGGGCCCUAUGGGCAGCCAGGUACCAUUGGGCAGCCAGGGCCCCAUGGGCAGCCAGGGCCCUAUGGACAGCCAGGGCCCUAUGGGCAGCCUGGACAACCAUAUCCUAAUCCAAACGCUCCUCAUGGAUACAUGCCAUACCAGCCACCACCCCCACAGCCAGGCCAGCCAGGGUAUGGAAUGGGAGGUCCUGGACAGUUCCCCGGGGGUCAAGGAUGUGGUCAGGGGCAGUGUUGUGGGCAGGGCCAAGGGCAUGGGCACAAGCAUGGACAUGGGCACGGGCAUGGUCAUGGGCACGGUCAUGGACAUGGGCAUGGGCACGGUCAUGGGCAUGGUCAUGGGCACGGACCUUCCAAACAUGGAAAGAAACAUGGAAAGCAUUCUGGAAGCAGCAGCAGCAGCAGUAGCAGCAGCAGCAGUGACUCUGAUUAGAGAGUGCAGAAGAAAUUUCACAAAUGCUUAAACUGACCAACUGAUUCUAACUAUUAAUACCACUGAAAGCCAAGUCUUUAAACUGUAUUAAUGCAAAUAUAUAUAUUACACUGUAAAUUGAGUUUGUAAUUAAUGUAAUGUAAGUAAUGUCAAGUUAAAAAAGUGUAUUCAAACAUGAAACAAACAUAAUGACUUUGCGGAACACUGUUAAAAAGUCAUUCAUAACGGCAAAUAAUACAUAUAGUUAAGCCCUGGGUUUGUCCUGUAAAAACUGCAUUAAUGUCCUUUUUUUGACCAAAGAAACAUGACAGAAAUUAUGAUCUUUUAAAAAUAGGUAUAAUCUUCGCACCACGUAUAGUCUGACCAAAGCUAGUAACCCCACAGCUCAAAUUAAUGUUCACUUUUUUCUAUUUCUCUGCUCCUUGUCUACUUGCUCUGUCUAUUUUUUUCCUCUUACUUAAGUGGUCAUUAUGGUAAGCUAUGGUUCAUAUUUCUGUGGAAAAAAACAGACUAGCAUCAUGUUCAGUGUUGUUAAUGGAGUAGCAAAAUAGCAAUAUGUUGAAGCUAAGAAUCACUUACUUCUUUUGGACAAAAUCAUAUAUAUAUUUUUUACUAUUGUAAAGUAUUUCAUGUUAAGUGCCUUUAUAAAUUAAGAAAUACAAGUCUCAAUAAAGCAUAUGUAAAAGUAGAAAAAUAUAUGUUAUAUGUUAUGUAUAUGUGUUCUUUUUGUUGGAAUUAAUUAAUUGGGGAAUUUCCAAAAACAUUAAACAUUCCAAAACAUUAAACAGGCUUAAAACAGUGAUUGAUGAGGGUGGUGAAGACUAUCCCCAAAACAAUAUAUAAUAUGAUAUUUAUUUUUCAUUUGAUAUAUAUAUAAAACUCUGGAUCAACAGAAAUUUUAAAUUUGCUUUAUAAAACAUGCUUUCAGUGAAAAGCAAUAAUGUACAGAGAUACUCACUAAAAUACAAAUAGAAACACUAAAUUGCACAAUCAGUAAAAUGUGACUACACUAGAAUGGGUGGAUAAGUGCAAAGUGCAAUAUGCACAAAAGACAAUGUGACAGGACAAUUCUGUACAACAGCAGAAGUUAUGCAAAUUAUGUAUCAUGGCUUGUUUUAUGUGUCAUGGCUUGGGCUUGCAUACAGCAAAAACAAAAGAAGUUGCUCUGUUUACACAUUUUAGUAGCGACUAUAGGCUAAUAAAUCUUACGAGAAUCA